AUGCAGCUGACCACUUUCAUCCUGGCAUCCAUUGCCACCAUCGCAGCUGCUCAAACGGCCACCAGCUCGGCUCCUGCUACAACGACCAGCUCUACCUGCGCUGCUCAAAACAUCCUUGACGCAUCUGACCCCGGUGUCGGUAUCGUCCAGCAACAGCGUGAACAGAACUGUAUUGCCGCUUCAGUGUACGGUUCAACCACCACCCUGGGAACAGCUCCCGCCACAACUAGCGGAGCCAGUGCGACCACUACCACUGGAUCAGCCAGUGACACCUCCAUUCACAGUGGCUUUGCCUCUGAGACCGGCUCGUCUGCUUCUGCCACAUCCACCAGUAGCACUUCGGGCAACGGUGCCGCUGGGCUCGAGAUAGCUGGUGGCUUGAUAGCUGUGGCUCUUGCUGGAAUGGGAUUCGUCUUGUAA